AUGGACAAGGGAAAAGCAAUUAUGGGUUCUGGUCGCAGAUGGGCUGUGGAUUUCAGUGAUAAUUCCCUAACCCCUUACUCGCGCGACAUUCCCGAUCCUCCAGGCUUCUCCCGUGCAUCUCAGGAGCAGGAUGAUUCUACUGUUAGCAAGCAAAAGAAGGAUGCAGAAGCUAAUUGGAAGGCCCAGAAAGCUUGGGAAGUGGCACAAGCACCUUUCAAGAAUUUGCUAAUGAUGGGCUUCAUGAUGUGGAUGGCUGGGAAUACUGUGCACCUUUUCAGCAUUGGUAUUACGUUCUCGGCACUUUGGCAACCAUUAAGUGCUCUCCAAGGGGUUGGAAAGGUCUUUGAGCCAUACAAGGACAACAAAGUUGACCUCCUUGCGCCUAAGCUGGUAUUCAUUGCCCUAAAUUUAGGGGCUAUGGUGCUGGGUGUUUGGAAGCUUAACACAUUGGGUCUUCUGCCAACACAUGCAUCGGAUUGGGUUUCUUCUCUACCGCCUGCUCAGGAGGUUGAAUACUCUGGUGGAGGCAUUGCAUUCCAUUAA